AUGUCUGGACUAGGUGGUGAUUUUGGUGUCCGCUUCGCCCACGAGACCUGGGCGCUUUACGCCGUUGGUCUCCUCGGCGGUAUCCUUCGAUUUAUCGCCCGUAUUCGACGUUUGGGUAUCCGCGGUCUCCAGCAUGAUGACUAUAUCAUGAUGUUCGGCCUCGUCUGGUACACCAUUCUAUGUGUCGCCCUCAACGAAGUAGCAACCGGCGGAGGCUCCAAUCUGAUGACCGAUGAAGAGAAGCUUCAUGUCACACCGACCAUCCACGCGGAGCGGGAACGAGGCAGUAAAUGGGUGUUCGUUUCGGAACAUUCUUUUAUUCUUUGCGUCUGGAGCUGCAAGGCUUGCAUGCUGGUGAUCUACGCUCGUAUCACCGAGGGUCUGAAGCAGCGCAAAUGGAUCAAUUGGAUCGCUAUCUACGUCGCGGUCGGCUUUGUCGCUACGGAGUUGUCGCUCUUCCUUAUAUGCCGCCCACUGAACCAAUACUGGGCCGUCCCUCCAGACAAUAACCAAUGCUCGACCUAUCAAUACUAUGAGGUGGUUCAGGGAUGUCUCUCCAUCUCCGCCGAUUUCUUCAUGCUUCUCGUCGCCAUUCCCAUGCUGAUGCAAGUCCGAGUACCACUGAAACAAAAGUUGAUCUUGGUUCUUCUCUUCGGCAUGGGCAUUUUUCUCCCCUCGCUGAUUUCCUAUGUCUACAUGAAUUGGUACUUCCGCGAAGCCACCGUCGCCGUCCUCGUCACCAAUCUACCCCUGGUGUGGUCCCUACUGCGCGACGUCUUCCCUGCGCUCAAGAGUUGGACUGGAGGAUCGAAGCGCGGUACCGAUCGGUACAAGUCCGGACCUUGGACCAGCAAAGGCACCGGCUCCCGACCUUACGGACCUCCCAGUCAAUUGCGGUCGGGUGACUUCGACAUGCAGAACUUCCCAGGCAGCACGACCGUCACUCAGUCCAAGGGCGGCCCAGCUGUCUCAGAUAUCAGCCUCAACGCUAGCGAGGAGAGGGACAUGAGCAGUGACGAUGGAUCAGCUCGUGCGCUACGAAUCCGACAAGAUAUUACAGUGACCGUGCAACACGACAAUCGGCCACCAGAGUAUGAGACCAGCACGGCGCAUGCCGUUUCGCGACACGAAGAUGUUUGA